AUGUCCUGUACAUGUACAGUACCUAGUAGUACUUUUGGUGAAACGAGGCCUGUGGAUGCGGGGUAUUCAAUUUGCCAACAUUCGGAUAUCUGGGCGAAGAAGAAGGGUUAUGGGCCCUAUCCCGUUCACGGGCUAAAUUGCCGCAAUUGCAAGGGUAUAUCCGAAGCAGUUGCAUUAAAGCUAGACUCUGCGUAUCAAGUAAUGGAAAUAGGGAAAGUAGACUGGACGAUGUUGCUUGUCCGACGUCUAUGUGGCAGCAGUCAACAGAGAGCGGAGCAAAAUGCCGAUGACAUAAUCGCGAUCCAGUUGUAUCUCCAGGUUGAUUCAAUCCCAGUCUCUAUCUCAAUUCUCCAUGAAUCUCAUCCACUUCAUCGUUCAUGCCCGAUACGACGAAACUUACUCAUUGCAAUUAAAGAUACCAAAGGAAUGGCCACCGUUUCAAGGAAACGUAAAUCCCCCGAACCUAGCGACCACCACGCGCUUGAACACGACAACAAUGUCAGCACACCUCGAACCCCAAACGGAAGCCCAGCCAGGAAAAGAUUGAGGAUCACACUCAGCCAGAAACAAGCCUUGAUUGACAACUUGCAACUGGAGGUCACUGAACGGGCACGCAAACUCCGUGCACACUACGCGUUGCAAGCCCAAGACCUCCGCGGACGGAUUGAGCGACGUAUAAAUCGCAUACCUACCGCUCUGCGAAAAGAAAAGAUGGGUGACUUGCUUGCAAAAUACUCGGAACCAACCAGGGCAGUGGAUGCAGGCAAAAAAUCAGGGUCAACGAAAACAUCCAAAUCCUCAAGCAGAGCUGCGACGGGGACAGCCAAAAAUCCAGCGGACGGCCAUGAUGCCGCCACCACCACUCGAACAACUCGGGGGGCUAAGCGGACAAGCGAUGAUAUGCUCGCCUCCGGUAAAGAGAACGCCCCCUUUCAGGUUCAAGAUCACCACAGCCACCCCGCCCCUGCUGUGCAUGUGCCGCUAUCAAACCCCAAGAAGCGUGGCACGCCCAAUGCACAUCCUGCGGGGCAGCAUCCCCGGGUACUAUCUCAGUUUGCAGAAACGGGCGUCUUGUCGCCGAAAUCUUCCAAUUCUAGGACAUUCCCGCAAUCUCCACUGCGCAACGUCACUGGGAAGUCACAGCAGCAGCUUGGUGCAAGCGUUCGUCCGUCAUCGCCUCUGAAGCAUACGAGCCCGGUAAAGCCGGCCAGGGCAGGGGUGGUGGAGCACACGAAAACGCGAUCAACAAGAGGCACUACUACUACCGGUGCGACUGGGGCACGGAAAGUUACGCCACACACCAACGAUGGAACUGGCACGCGGAGAAGGACGACCGCUAAAUCCACCACGUCGACAACUUCGAAGAGAGCAACUGCAGCCUCGGCAACGGCACCACAAUCACGACCUGCUACUCGACAGAGGAACACGCGAAGGAACAGCGGCGCUUCUACGGUUUCGAACGUGUCAUCUGGCACAACGAUUGUGAAGACCACGGGGAGGGGCGGCGGCGGCGCUGCGGGUUCUCAGAAAGGAGCAGGCUCGCGUCCGGUCUCUGCGGCGAGUAAACGGCCGCCAGUUCCUCGAGCGGGAACGAAGAAGACGACAUCAACAGCUGGAACUGGAGCGGGAGCGGGAACGGGCUCAGUGAUAAAAAAGGUGCAGGCGACGGAGGAACCCGCUGCGGCGGCAGGGCAAAGAGUGCUUAGGAAGAGGGCUUGA